CGAUUCGGUUUCGUCUCGUGCACGUUAAAUUUUUAAAUUUUUAGCAAUUUUUCAAUAAGUGCGAGUUUGCUUUACUUCCCCUAACUGAUUUCAAAAAGAUGUUUCGGCAAGGAAUAUCUUUUAAGCAAUUUUAACUUUAGGAAAGUGUUUAUUUAUUGCACAAUUUGUUGAAAUGUAAACUGGUGGUAAACGGUUUAAGUACGUUACGCCUCACCAUUUAGCCGCUCUUUUGAAAUUUUAGGUUAUGUAAAUGUAAACAUAAGCAUACAAAGCUUUAGUCGAUUUUUGGAAGGCUCCGCUAUGGUUCGACCGGAGUUGGAAAACGAGGACAUCCGGAGGGAUGUUACCUCGGUCCGGAUAGUCAGUGUGGAUCACUAUAUGCACAAACCGGAUGGCCGAUUCGAUUCCUGCUAUUCAGAGUUCCGUGGAACGGAAGUGAAACAAGUGCCGGUGGUGCGACUUUUCGGUGCCAAUGCAGCCGACGGUACCCAUUGCUGUGUCCACAUCCAUGGAGUUUUUCCUUAUUUGUAUGUGCCCUAUGAUGGAAACACCAAUGAUCGGCUGGCUGUAGAUAGGUUGAUGUAUCAGUUGGCGGCCAGUUUGGAUAAGGCAAUCAAUGUUUCGCUGGGUAAUGCCAAUUCGGCCGCAACCCAUGUUUUUCGCAUUUCGUUGGUCAAGGGGAUACCCAUCUACGGUUAUCAUCGGAAAGAUCACCAAUUUCUCAAAAUCUAUCUUUACAAUCCACAAUUGAUACGAAAAGCUACCAACCUACUUAUGAAUGGAGUAAUUCUGUCGAGGGUGUUCCAAACUUAUGAAACGCACGUUCCUUAUGUUUUGCAAUUUUUCAUCGAUUAUAACCUGUAUGGAAUGAGUCUUUUGGACAUUCAAAGCAGCGCCAUUCGCGAGAGAAUAGAGGGUAUGGAAAAUGGUCCCGCAAAAAUGUCAACUUCAGAGUGCGAGAUUGACAUCAUGGCGACGGGCAUAUUGAAUAGGGAUUCAUUGGAGCGGGACAAACGUUGUUCCGAGUAUGCAAAUCCCGGGAUUGCAUCUAUUUGGAACGAUGAAAAAGUUAGACGCAAGUUAUUGGAGAUGAAACAACCGGAACCAAUGGUGGGCUUGUCCCAGUCGGGAAAGUUGGAUGUCGUAUCCGAGAGCGAUCGGUAUUUCCGAACCUUGUUGCUUUCCCGGUUGUCCGGUGAAGCAACAAAUACCCAAGGAUCGUCAGAAUCCAGGGAAGAUAAAAGGGCCAAGCCUCCGGUUUCCUUUUAUCCAUCGGAAGUCGGUGAGAACGAUGAACAGUUGUUGGAAGCAUCCUACGUCCAGGAUCACAAGAACUAUUCUCAGCUGCAGGAUUCCUUCAACCAAUCGAACACAAUGUACAAUUUCGAUUUGAGUCAAGUUGACGAAGAUCGCAUUGUAAGUUUGUCUCAAAACCCGGACGCUACAUUCGUUGAAGAAGACCAGGAACUACUGGAUAUUAUGCGGGCAUUGGAAGAGCAUGAAAACCAGGAAGUUGAACAGGACAGCUUGCUUGCCCCUCUAACACAAGUAAGCCAAAAAAAGUGUACCCCAUCGGGUGGAAUCGGUUCGUCUCAAGGAUCUUCGAGUAAACAAUUCAAUAUGUCACUCAUUGAUAAGCUUGAAGCACAAUUCUUACUCGGAGAAUCUGUCAGUGAGGAUAAGCAUGAAGCUACCGAACAGGAUGACAUUGAUUCUGAUGAUGAAUUUUUACUUGAUUACACUAUGAAACUUGAUACGCAACCCGCGUCUAGCAGUAAUAGUGAAACCGAAAUAAGUCCCUGCAUACCGCAACUGGAUGGAGCUCACACGAAUUUUUCGGGCAACGAAAAAUGGAAAUCCAAAUCGGCGGCAAACAAGCGAACUCGCAACAAAAGCCAUCUAACCAAUGGUCAAGCUACUGUGAACGGGAAUGGGCACCCUCCUGAUCUAAUGAAACGACCACGCCUUUCUCAGAGUUUCACUGAAUUGGGACCCACUAAAAGACCAAUCGGUUUGUCUCCGGAGGUUCGUAAGAAAUUGCGUACCGAGCAGAAUGAGCACGCCAUCAAUGAAUCGUUUACGGACCCGGUUAUUCCUGAUCUUAAAGAUUUGCAAGUUCGUUUACAACGGACACCACUGAUAACAAAACCUAAACAAUCCAAUGGGGGGACGCACACCAAUCAAAACGGCAGCUGUACUAUCGAGUCAGAUAUAACUUGCAUGAAAAAGAGCCUUAAAGUUCGGAUUGAACACAUUUCGAGUUGCAUGCCUAAGAUUACAAACGGAUCAGGAAAUGGUCAGGUGAAGCACAACGGUACUGUCAGUGAGCCAGAAAUCUCGAAAAUGAAGCAACUUAAAGUCAGAUUGUCCCGGAUAGAUCUUGCCGGCUACCGUCAGCCCCCACGUGAGUUUUCUCCCCCUGUCGAGCUUCUUAAAAAGGAUGCUCCACUUCCACCACUCGUAGAACUACCCAAACGGGGACGAUCCAGAUUCCGUAGUGCCCAAGCGUACGACACGGCAAACGGCCAGGAUCCGAUGGAGGGCACCUCUCGAGGCCCCAGAGCUUCUCGCAAACGCAAUCAAAGCAAAAAACGUCGAGGUCGGCCACGCAGUCAACGGAUAGCUAAAUCUUCCGGAAAGGUUCCGAGUCCGGAGCCAGAUAUAGAAAUUGCGCUUUCCCAACGGUUUCAGGAUAUUAUUCGGCUUUCGCCCCGUGUUAUGCUGCAGCAUUUGAGCAAACAACAGAUGCAGGAUUUGAAACCAGGGUCAUCGUCACAGACUGACACGCAAGCUACUCAGCAGAUGUUCGAGUCCGAUGGUGAGAUGCGUUCGUCGGGUGGGGAUCCAAGUUUUGAUCUUCCGGAAAUAUCGCAGAGUGAUAGUGAAACUGUUAGCCGAUCACCUGUUCCAGACGAAAAAACAAACGUCGCUGACCACCAUACUGAGUUGUCUGAGGUAGAGGAAGAGGAUGAAGAAGAUUUGAAAAUCCAGAGCUUCUACGAAAAGACUUUGGUGUACGACGACUUUGAUGAGCUCGAUUUAGGAUCGGACGAAAGCCUGACGGACUUUCCUUCAGGUCCCUUCCCAGAGGAAGAUGGCACGGGUGUAACCGUCACACUUGAAGAGCUGCCUCCAACAUUUGAAGAGGCUCUAAAAGCUCUCCAAACGUUCGUCAUCCCUCAGGUGAUUAAUCAGGAGCCGUUUUAUAGUAAUUCCGAUGAUGUAACUGGUCGAAAAGAAGUGGGCCAUGUGGUACUGAAUAUAGCAGGCGACGACUUCUGCACCAUGGAAAAGUUUAAAAGUGUUGUCCCGGGCUUAGGAUCCAUUAGCCAAAUAAGAUUGGAAAAACUCAAAAGCAUCUAUGGAGAUAGUUUGAGUAUGGCGCUGGGUGAGAAUAAUUCAACCAAUAGUGAACGCAUGAAUGAGCUUCUUGCUUCGGAAAAACCUGUUGUUAUUCAUCCAGCAUUAAACCCACCAUCCAAGCAUGAAGCUAAGGUUUGGUUAGAAGCCCUAAAGAGUGUUAAACAAAAAGAUCCAGUUAUAGAGGUUGAGGAAGAGAGUCCAAUAAAAAUCAAAAAGAUGCAAGCAAUAAUGGUAGGAGAAAUGACGGAAAACUCUCAAGAGCCGCUGAAAUCUUCUAUCGACAGUGAAUGUACCGUUAAUCUUAGUUCCUUAAUAUCCGAAACCAAUCGCACUACCGAUUCAAAAUCACGCAAGUCUUUGGUUUCGAAAAUACUCACCAUGAAUACUGUCAAAAAUAGUCCAUCACCUACUUCGAGCUUCAGCACAACCCUUGCGGGAUCUCCAUCGACAUUAACACCGAGUGGUUUAGGAGCCGACAAAUUAGAGCUGCUCAGCUACAGCGCUAGACGCAAACGACAGAAGAUUCCUAAAGCUCGUCUCUCAUUGAGUACUGCUUUCAAGCGACUAAGAAGUGAAAAGUUUAUUGAAGUAACUAUUAGCCAAGAGGAUACCAUCCAACCGGGGCAGGACAGUUCAAUGAUGACUGACGUAGAAGAGGGUAUCGAUGUCGUCAAUUCGUCCCAGCUUAUGGCAACUAGUCAGAAGUCCGAAGGCUCUGACUGUGCUAGCUCGGAUCAAACCUCGGUUAUUUGCAGUGCUGAGGUAGCUUCCAUGAAGCAACGGCUGCUAGAAGCCGGCGAAGGUUGUAGUACACCAAACGUGGAAAAUAUCUCCUCAGUAACUCCGUCACACGAUAACACCUACGGCUUCAAGUUGAACUUUGAAAAUCUCCAGAAGGCCAAAGCAACUUGUGAGUACAGUCAUCUGGCCCUGAUGUCGGUCGAAAUUCAUGUGCAAACACGUGGCGACCUGAGACCCAAUCCAGAGAGUGAUCCCAUUUCCGCCGUCUUCUAUCGUGUUCACAACGAUGUCCCGGAAAACCAUCGUAGGGCUCCGUCCGUUUGUGGAAUCAUUCUGAACGGGGAGCAUGGAUUGAAGGGGGUGGAUCGCCCGGAUCCUUACAAGUACAACCGUUGCAAUUAUACGGCGGACGUUGUUACGGUCGCCAAUGAAAGGGAACUUUAUGAGAAGUUUUUGGUUUUGAUUGCGUUCUGGGAUCCGGAUAUUUUUGCUGGUUACGAAAUCGAGCAGGGAUCCUGGGGGUAUAUUAUCCAGAGGGGGUAUGUGUUGGAGAUGAACUUGAUGAAAAUGUUGUCGCGAGUGCCGACGGCAGAGAAGGUUCAUGUUUCGGAAGAAGAAGAACAGGAUCUGUUGGAAAUGCAUGAGUACAGUGCCGGGUUAAAGAUUCCUGGAAGAAUACUGUUGGAUAUUUGGCGCUUGAUGCGCCAUGAAAUUGCACUAACUGCGUACACUUUCGAAAAUAUUGUAUAUCAUAUUUUACACAGGAGAGUUCCGAAGCAUUCGUUCAGGCAGUUGACUCGAUUGUGGAAUAAACCUUAUACAAAGUGGGUGGUUUUAGAGUACUAUUUGGAACGGGUCAACGGUAAUUUUGAGUUGCUACAGCAGCUGGAUUUGAUCAGUAGAACGGCUGAGUUGGCAAAACUGUUUGGUAUCCAAUUUUACGAAGUGCUUUCCAGGGGGUCUCAGUUUCGAGUUGAGAGUAUGAUGCUGCGAAUAGCCAAGCCAAGAAACUUCGUAUCCGUUUCACCUAGCAUUCAACAGAGAGCUCACAUGCGAGCACCCGAAUAUAUUCCACUGAUACUUGAACCGAAUUCACGGUUUUACGCUGAUCCGGUCAUUGUGCUCGAUUUCCAGAGUCUUUAUCCUAGCAUGAUCAUCGCUUACAACUAUUGCUUCGCUACCUGCUUGGGACGAGUGGAGCACUUGGGACAGACAGAACCCUUUGAGUUUGGAGCCUCACACCUUCGGAUAUCACCAAGAAUGUUAAAAAUUCUUGUCGAGAAGGAACUCAUAACCGUGUCUCCGUGUGGAGUAGCAUUCCUUAAGUCCUCCGUUCGGGAAGGAAUCUUACCCAGAAUGUUGAAUGAAAUCCUUUCGACCCGUCUGAUGGUCAAAGCAUCGAUGAAGUUGCACAAAGAAAACAACAUCCUUCAGAGAGUACUGCACUCUCGCCAGCUUGGCUUAAAGCUGAUAGCAAACGUAACUUAUGGCUAUACGGCAGCAAAUUUCAGCGGUCGUAUGCCAUGCGUAGAGGUUGGUGACAGUGUGGUCAGCAAGGGAAGAGAAACCCUGGAACGGGCCAUCAAAUUUGUCGAAGAAAAUCAGGACUGGGGAGCUAAAGUCGUUUACGGGGAUACUGAUUCGUUGUUUGUACUUUGCCCCGGUAGAACGAAAGAAGCGGCCUUCAAGAUUGGAGAGGAAAUAGCUGAAGCGGUGACGCGGGAAAAUCCACCUCCGGUUAAACUGAAACUGGAAAAGGUUUAUCAACCUUGCAUUUUACAGACUAAAAAACGGUACGUAGGUUUCAUGUACGAGAGUGCCGACCAGGAAAAACCGGUUUACGAAGCGAAAGGUAUCGAAACCGUUCGGAGAGAUGGUUGCCCGGUUGUGAGCAAAAUGUUGGAAAAAGUUCUUCGAAUACUGUUCGAAACGAGAGAUGUUUCCAAAGUGAAAGAGUAUACCUGUAGGCAGUUUACUAAAAUCUUGGAAGGACGUGUCAAUUUGCAAGAUUUUAUAUUUGCCAAAGAGUUCCGUGGACAAGAUGGGUACAAACCGGGAGCUUGCGUUCCAGCGCUGGAACUUACGCGUCGCUGGAAAAUGGGGGAUCCUCGAAAAGAACCUCGACGAGGUGAACGUGUCCCCUAUGUGAUCAUAAAUGGUCCGCCAUUGGUCCCACUGAUCAGAUUAGUUCGCAGUCCCGAUGAAGUUCUGGAAGACAGUGGCCUGAAAAUCAACUCGAAUUAUUACAUCACCAAGGCAAUUAUACCGCCUUUAAAUCGUUGCCUAUUGCUUAUAGGGGCAGAUGUUAAUCAGUGGUACAACGACCUCCCGAGAAAAUUUCUCCUGAUGCAUAAUUCCGGUGGCGGCAACAGUAAGGGGAGCAGCAGGUCACUGCUAGCCAACGAACUGCGAUUACCGAAAAAGAGCACAAUUUCACAGUAUUUCUCUACAACCAGUUGCAUAGGAGACUGUAACAACCAAACUCAUACAGGAAUUUGUGAAAACUGUCGCAAAAAUCCGCAGAAAACUACAACGUACGUCAUGAAUAAAAUAAACCAUUUAGAGCGACGAGUUGGAUUGUGUGAACAGAUGUGCAAGUCCUGUUGUCAACGUACUUUUGAAACUGACUGUAUUUCCCUGGACUGUCCGGUACUGUUCGUAUCAAAUCAACGAAAGCGCGAACUCACCCAAGUUCAGUUCUAUCGCGAAUUGUUGGAGCAACACUUUUAAAAGGUAUUUAUCAUUAUCAUUUAAGUUAUUAUUUGAGUUUUUAUUAGACAAUAUUUAUCUAUUACCUAUUUAAAAUAUCAAUCGUGGGAAAUAUAGUUUUUUUUU